UUUCCUGCUUCCUAUUCUACAAACGACAUUUUUUUCCCACACUGCUGCAUGAUUUGAGUUACUCCCACAGCAGACUUACACAGGAAAACCAAGAGCAUAAACUACUUCAGGCCAUGAACAACAGAUAAGCAGUUAGUGCUCUCUGCGCCUUUCAGUAGACUAAGUUAUGUUGCUGUUUUUGACAGAGGAUUCAUUGAGGAGUUCAACUAGAAGACUGCUUUUUUGAAUUGUGGAUUAAAUUUUUCUCUCAACAGGCUAAUAAUAAUGUCAGUCUCAGAGGACGACCUCACAUGCCCAGUGUGCUGUGACAUCUUUGUGGACCCCGUUCUGCUGUCAUGCAGCCACAGUUUCUGCAGGAGCUGCCUGAAGAAAUGUCGGGACACUGGGUCACGAGAGUGUCCGGUUUGCCGGAAAAAAGCCUUGAAGUCCAAUCCUCCAUCCAAUUUGGCUCUGAAAAAUGUCUGCGAGGCUCUUCUGCAGGUCAAGAGGCUCAGUUCAGUGGAGGACGAACGGCUGAACUGUAAUCUCCAUGGAGAAAAGUUUAAACUCUUCUGCCUGGUUGACAAACAAACCAUUUGUGUGGUGUGCCAGUCUUCCAAACUUCACAAGACCCACGACUGUUCCCCUUUAGAAGAGGCAGUGUUGGACUGUAAGGAUGAACUCGCUUUAUGUCUGAAGACGCUGCAAGAUAAACUGGAAAGCCUCAAAAGAAUUCAAAGGACCUCCGAUGACAUGCUGACGUACAUCAAGAGUCAGACACUGGAAACACAGAACAAGAUUAAAAGCCAGUUUGAGCAGCUCCGCCAAGUCCUCCUCAAGGAGGAGUCGGUCAGAUUGGCAGCCGUGAAGAGAGAAGAAGAAGAGAAGAUUGCAGGAAUGAAAGACAAAAUAAGAGAAAUUUCUGCAGAGGUUCUGUCCAUCACGGAGACCAUCGCACUCAUAGAGGAGGAGCUGAAAGGAGAUGAUAUAGUUCUAUUGAAGAAUUUUAAAGCCACUCAAGAGAGAGGUAACAGCGUAGAGCUCGGUUCAGACAACAUGUCUGGGUUACUGAUCGACGUGACAAAACACCUAUGGAACCUCAAGCACAGAGUCUGGGAGAAAAUGCUGGACCAUGCUGACUACACUCCUGUAACAUUAGAUCCAAACACAGCACACCCUUGCCUCAUCCUGUCUGACGACCUUACUUCCCUCCACUACUCAAAGCAACCCAGUUGUUGCCCUGACAACCCAGAGCGCUUCCACAUGAGCGCUGAAGUAGUAGGGAUGAGUGCGCUUGGUUCAGGAAGUCACUGCUGGACUGUGGAAACAGGAAGCAAUCAUGACUGGCUGCUGGGUGUGGCCUCUUCGUCUGUACCAAGGAACACUGUGGUCUCUGCCAGGCCGGAGAACGGCUUCUGGACCCUGUGUUUCCGGGAUGGAGAUUUCAGGGCAAUGACCUCGCCACCCACCACACUGAGCCUUUCAAAAAAACCCAAACAGGUUAAAGUGCAACUGGAUUACAACAGGGGGACAGUGUCUUUUUUUGACCCAACUGACAACACGCUCAUAUAUGCAUUUUCAGACACAUUCACAGAAACUUUAUUUCCAUAUUUCUAUACGCAGAGCAGUCAUCCACUGAGAAUCAUGCCAGACAGGCUGAUGGUUACUGUUUUGCGACAAUCAAAGGAUGAGUGAUUUAUUGUUCAUUUGUUGAGAAAAGGUCAUGUUGGACCUGUGUUCUCAAAAAGGAACACAAAGACAUUUAGCUACCUCAGAAACAUAUUAUCAUGUAGUCAUCCAUGUCGUCCAUGGUUUGAUAUUUUAGGAAUCAUGCUCGUUCUUUUGUAUAUUUUUUUUAUUAUUAUUUUGAUUCUUAUAAUUUCAUGUGGAUAUUAUAAACAUGAAGCUGGUCUGGAAACUGGUGAUGUAAAAAUGUUAAUGGAUUAUUUUACAAGGCAAAUAAACUGGGACUAGUAACCUCCUGGAAUAUCUAGAUCUUUGACAAUUUUCCCAUCACAUAAUCUCAUAAAAAGUUAAGUUGUAUUUUUUCUUUCCAAAAUAGCUUUUCUUUAGAUUAAACAGAAGAAUGCAUAUGUUUGUACGACAAUAACAGAGUGUACGUGGUGAUGGGAGGCACUUUUUUUUUUUUCUUUACACAGAGACAUUCUAAUUGUUGCUUCCUGGCGAUUAUGCUAAGCUAAGCUAACUGACCACUAUGCCAGCAGUAUGGUCUUUCUUUUAAAACAUUGUUUGCGUGCUAGUACUCAGGGUCCAGGCAUACAUACACUGAGAGAGUGAAGGUUAUAUCUAUUUUGUACACAUGAUGGCGCCAAACAUUAUACUCAUUUUAGAAUUUGAACUCGUCUGAAAAUGAUUUCUUGUGUGUGGUAGACCCUUCAUUUUCCUAUAUUUAACAUCACACACACACACACACACACACACACACACACACACACACACACACACACACACACACACACU